AUGGACUAUAAUGCUAAUGAUCGAGACCGAAUUCGUAGGGUAUAUCUACAAAAAGGUCCUUGUCAACCUUGUGAUCAUAAUUUUCCACAAAAAUCAUUUGGACAAAAAUUUUGGCUAUUUAAUCAGGCUUGGUUUAGUGAAUUUCCUAAUUGGUUGGAGUAUAGCGUAGCAAAAGAUUUAGCAUUUUAUUUAUGUUGUUAUCUUUUCAAACCCAAUAUUGGAGAGCAAGCUGGUGGUGAUUCCUUUGUUGGUGAGGGUUUCUCAAAUUGGAAGAAAAAAAAAAUUCAGACUCAUGUUGGAGGUCCCAAUAGUGCUCAUAAUCAAACUUCGAGUAAAUGUCAAGACUUGUUAAACCAAAACCAACAUAUUGAAACGAUUUUUUUCAAACAAUCUAAUCAAGCUCGAAUUGAGUAUCGAACCCGUUUGAAUUCAUCAGUUGAUUGUGUUAAAUUUCUUCUAAGACAAGGACUUGCAUUUCGUGGGCAUGAUGAAUCGGAAAAGUUAAGUAACCAAGGAAAUUUUCUUGAACUUCUCAAGUUUCUUGCUGAUCAUAAUGAAGAUGUCAAAGUGGUUACAUUGAGCAAUGCUCCUCAAAAUCUCAAGUUGACAUCUCCUGAUAUUCAAAAAGACAUUGUAAAUGUGGCCGCAUUUGAAACUAUCAAUGUGAUUAUUAGAGAUCUUGGUGAUGCACUUUUUUCUAUUUUGAUUGAUGAAGCUCGUGAGAAAUCAAUCAAGGAGCAAAUGGCAGUUGUAAUACGAUAUGUUGACAAAAAAGGCCAAGUGAUUGAGCGCUUUUUGGGUAUUGAGCAUGUUGCUAAUACGAAUGCUCCGUUACUUAAACAAGCUAUGGAAAAUUUAUUCUCCAGACUUGGAUUGAGUAUUUCCAGAUUGCGGGGUCAAGGAUAUGAUGGGGCUAGUAAUAUGCAAGGUGAGUUCAAUGGUCUUAAAACACUUAUACUGAAACAGAAUCCUUGUGCAUAUUAUGUUCAUUGUUUUGCUCAUCAAUUACAAUUGGCACUUGUACCCGUGGCGAAGAAUCAUAAUCAAAUUGCUUUACUUUUCACUUUGGUUUCUAAUGUGGUGAAUGUUGUUAGAGCAUCAUGUAAACGCCGAGAUAUUGUUAGGAAGAAGCAAGCUACAAAAGUUGCUGAGGCACUUAAUACUGGAGAGCCAUCUAGUGGGCAAGGCUUAAAUCAAGAAACUAAUCUUAAACGUGCUGGUGAUACACGUUGGGGUUCACACUAUGGUACUUUAGUCAGCUUGGCUAGUCCGUUUCAACAGUGA